UUGGUCUGACCCAGUGUGUGUGUGAAUGUGUUUGAAUGGGUGUGUGUGCUUACAGCAGCUGGUAGAGGGAUUUUCAUCCAUUUAUCUGGUUUUGGAAUGAACGAAAAGUUUUGACAAUCCGGAUAUUUACAUGAAAUAGCAAUGCCCUGUGUACAAACCCAGCAUGCAUCCCUGCCCCAUGACAACUACUUCAGCUCUGAGUUCUUAAACCCUGACUUCAGUGCCAAACUGGUGAUGGACAUCAGUGGCCAAAAGGACCCGCUGUCUUCAUCUUCACUGCCCAGUAUAAACACCUUGGUAGGAAAUGGGUACGUGGGGGAGUUUGAUGCUUACUCCUGCAAGAUUUCUACCUCUCCUCCCUCCUCUACCAUUUCUUUCAACCACACUGCAGCUGAAAGCUCCAGCCCACAGAUACAGAACCAAGCCUUCAAGCUGGAUGAUCUCCAGGUGUAUGGCUGCUACCCAGGAUCUUUUGCACUCAGCUGCCUUGAUGAAACACUCUCAUCUUGUGGGUCUGACUACUAUGGCAGCCCUAUCUAUUCCACUGCUUCUCCUCCAACACCAGGCUUUCAGACAGAGUCCGCACCUGUUUGGGAUUCCCCUUUCAGCCCCUUCCCCCCAGCCCCCCCAUCAUCAGCGGAUAAGGCCGCCAUGGCUCAGUCAUUCUCUUUUUUCACCUUCAGCCCUGGUCCCGAGCACCACUCUUCCUUGGGGCAGCAUCAGGAUGCUCAACCCAAUCAGGACGAUUCGUUUUUCCUAUCUCCUCAGCAGCAUGUCUCUUCACUUCAUUGCCCUGCCAUGUCUCUGGAACAAGGUUCUCUGGAAAGCUCCAGAGUGGUGGAUGGAUCCAUGAUGUCUCCUAAAACCCCAAACCCAGGAUCCAGUGAGAGCCAUUGUGCAGUUUGUGGUGACAAUGCAUCCUGUCAACACUAUGGAGUGCGCACCUGUGAGGGAUGCAAAGGUUUCUUUAAGCGAACCGUCCAGAAAAAUGCAAAGUAUGUGUGCCUUGCCAAUAAAGACUGUCCAGUAGACAAGAGGAGGAGAAACCGAUGCCAAUUCUGCCGUUUCCAGAAAUGUCUCGCGGUGGGAAUGGUCAAAGAAGUUGUUCGCACAGACGGCCUCAAAGGCCGCAGAGGUCGCCUGCCCUCCAAACCCAAGACUAUGAUUGAGGCUUCAUCCACAACCUCCAGUGUCAACAUCAUAGCUUCUCUUGUCAGUGCUCAUUCAAACUCAAACCCAGCCAUUGGAAAACUUGACUACUCUAAGUAUCAGGAAAAGACUGAUAUUUUGAAAGAAAAGGAGGAUGCCGGUGAUAUCCAACAGUUUUAUGACCUGCUGACUGGUAGCCUGGAUGUUAUAAGAAAGUGGUCUCAAGCUAUCCCAGGAUUCCCAGAUUUCUGCACAGAGGACCAGGAACUGCUUCUUGAAUCUGCUUUUGUUGAGCUCUUCAUCCUCCGCCUGGCAUACAGGUCAAAUCCAGAGAAGAACAAGUUGAUCUUCUGUAACGGUUUGGUCCUCCACCGACAGCAGUGUGUUCGCAGUUUUGGUGGCUGGAUUGACUCCAUCAUGGCUUUUUCCCAGAGCCUUCACCGCAUGAACUUAGACAUCUCAUUGUUUGCCUGCCUAGCGGCGCUCGUCAUCGUCACUGAUCGGCAUGGUCUCAAAGAGCCCAGGCGAGUGGAGGAUUUUCAGAGUAAUCUUAUCACUUGUUUAAGGGAGCAUGUGAGUGGAAAUGGAUCAGAACCAAGCCGGACCCACCCCAACUACCUUUCUCGUCUUCUGGGAAAACUCCCCGAGCUGAGGACUCUGUGCACACAGGGCCUGCAGCGUAUCUUUUACCUGAAACUGGAGGACCUGGUCCCUCCUCCACCAAUAGUGGAGAAAAUCUUUAUGGAUACACUGCCAUUCUGAAAAAAAACAAACAAAAAAUACUAAUGUAAUAUCUGUAAAAAUGAUGGAAACAAAGGAAAGAAAGCAUCUAAUGUGAGGGUUAUUGUUGAACUCUACUUCAGAUCAUCAACCUGUGGCUGACAUCCUCUAAAAGACCAUUGAUUUUUUUUAUUGUUAGCACUAUACAAACCUGAUUUCAGUGCUGAAAAAUGUAUAGCAUUUCAUGUUAUAUUUUCUAUAUAUGUUUUGUGCAUUUAUAAGAUUACUUUUUUUGCUGUGCUAGAAAUGUGAACAUUGUUCUGCUCUGCAGCUUACAAGAUGUGAAUAUUUGUUCAGAUACAAUACUGUGUUCCAGUAAACACGCAAACACACUAAUUUCUUAAAUUUUUUAUUUCAAAAUGCUCAUGAUUGAACUCAGAAACUAAAGUAGAAUAUUUAGCAGAAAAGACAGGCAGAAUCUCACAUCCAGAACAUCAGAAAAUAUUUCCUGAUAUCUGUCUAUCACAAAAACUAGCUGCAGUUUUGUAAGUGCUCCUGUGGAAGGUCUCGGACCAAAGUUUACCAAAGUUUGAUGCUAUCAGUUACAAACCUUAGUGCCUGAAGCCAAAGAAAAAUGUCUGUGCUGCCAUUCUGUGGCAGCUUAAAGCUGAUGAUGGCAGGGCUGUUGAAUUGUUUCCUCUUGAAUUUUUACAGUGAAAGUGGACUUAAUACAAAGUGCCUUUCAUGAAGCCUCUGUGUAUGAACCAUACUAAGUGACAAUGAAUGAGCUUUCAUUCCAGGCUCCAUUUUAUUACUGAAAAACAGAAGAAGUCAUAUUGGACUGAUUCCUUUGGUUUUAGAACCAUAGCUCUUUUUGACAUGAAGUGCCAGAGUUACGUGUUCAUGCUGUGAGCUUGAAGGUCAGCAAGUGAUGACAUGUUGUAAGGUGAUCUGUGAGAACUCAAUCCUGCUCACAUGCUCCCAAUGCAAUGAAAGUUAUAACUACAGUGAAACUGCCCAUCUGAAGAUUAAAAUAGAUCUAAGCAGAUGUCAGAGUCUUUGUCAUGAAAAGACAAAUUUACCUUUGUUUUAUUUGCAUAAAAGUAAAACAAAAUGCUCGAUCAUUUGAAAAUGCAGGCAUUUCUAGUUUAAGGUCAAUUGGUUGCUUGCUGCAGAUAUAUUACAUGUCAUAAAACUGUCUUCCACAUUUAACAUUUUCUGACUUUUUUUGUAUGUGUUGGAUUCAUUUUUAUUUCAGUUAAAGUUUCUUAAAGAAUCACAAUAAGGUGUGAUGAUGAGAUGAGCAGCUAAGAACACUUCAGUGUGUUAGACAGUAAGAGGAAUACUUCUCUCUCCUACUGUAUGUGUUUUGGUCAGUGUGUGUACAUUUAAAUUGCCAGACCUUUUAUAAAAUGGUGCAGAAAUGCUAAAAGGCAGCAAAUUCUUGAUAUUAAAUGUUUUUUUCAAAAUA